UCUGCCUGCCUGUCUGCCUGCCUGCCUGCCUGCCUGCCUGCCUGUCUGCCUGUCUGUCUGUCUGUCUGUCUGUGUGCCUGUGUGGAGCGGGCACUGGAGCCCCGCGCACCGCCUCUGCGCUCUGCAGCCGCGCCCGCCCGGCGCACCCCCAGCCCCGCCCGCUCCUCCCCAGAUCCGCUGCUAGUGGGAGGGCAAAGGGCUGCCUGCAACAUACCGCCCGUCGACCCCCAGAGCUCCCCGGGACGGUGGGGGCGCACUCCGCAGCGGCCGGGGACACUGGGACCCGAGAGAGAGGAGCCGGGGUCGCCACAGCCGCAGGUAACCAGCGCGGAGCCAGCCCGGGUCCUCGCCCUGGAGGCGCAGCAGAGCAGAGGCUCCCAGCCGGGCGCGGGGGCUUGGAGAGGAGCGGGGGCUUCAGCCGUCUUUUCCGCGCCGACUUUGAAGAAGUUUAUUUAGACAAUGAAGACAAUUGCCUCCUGGGUGGCUAUAGACCAUCCUUUCUGCAAGUCCUGAUCAAGUGAUACAAAUGUAAUGCAAUGGUGACAUAAACUGUUCAUUGUGACUGGGAACGUAGCUGAAACACCAUCGUCUCUUUUUGCAUUCUUUACUUUUUCUUUUCCUUUAUUAUUAUUUUUUUAUGGUGCUUCUUUUGGAACAGUCCGAGGAAAACACAGACAGACGUGAGUUUUAUCAUGAAGCUUCACAGACACUUUCAAAGGACGGUGAUCCUGCUUGCCACAUUUUGCAUGGUCAGCAUUAUUAUCUCGGCCUACUACCUAUACAGUGGCUACAAACAGGAAAACGAACUGUCUGAGCUGGCUUCAGAAGUGGACUGUGGGGACUUCCCACAUCUGCCAUACAGGCUGAUGGAAGUGAAGUCCACCAAGCUUUCUGACGCCUUCAGGACAGACUCCAUAGUCCUGGUGUUUGUGGAGAGCCAGUACUCAUCUCUCGGCCAAGACAUCAUUAUGGUUCUAGAAUCAAGCAGAUUCCAUUAUCAUGUUGAAAUUGCUCCUGGAAAGGGGGAUCUCCCGGCACUCACAGAAAAAUCGAGAGGCAAAUAUAUUCUCAUCAUUUAUGAGAAUAUUUUAAAGUAUGUAAACAUGGACUCUUGGAACCGAAGCCUUUUAGAUAAAUACUGUGUGGAAUAUGGUGUAGGUGUCAUCGGAUUCCACAAAGCCAGUGAGAAAAGCCUCCAGAGCUUUCAACUGAAAGGCUUUCCUAUCACCGUCUACGGAAACCUUGCCAUCAAAGACUGCUGUAUUAAUCCUCAUUCUCCAUUGCUUCAUGUGACCAAAUCUUCUAAGCUUGAAAAAGGUUCUUUACCUGGAACUGACUGGACAGUUUUCCAGAUUAAUCACUCUGCCUACCAACCAGUAAUCUUUGCCAAAGUCAAAGCCCCAGAAAACCUUUCUCCUCCCAUCACUAAAGGUGCUUUUUAUGCCACUGUCAUACAUGACCUGGGCCUUCAUGAUGGAAUUCAAAGAGUUCUUUUUGGCAACAACUUGAAUUUUUGGCUGCACAAGCUGAUCUUCAUAGACGCUGUUUCUUUCUUGUCGAGGAAGAGGCUAACGUUGUCCUUGGACAGGUACAUCCUUGUGGAUAUUGACGAUAUUUUUGUGGGAAAGGAGGGAACCAGGAUGAACACCAAUGAUGUUAAGGCCCUGCUUGAUACUCAGACUCUUUUGCGAGCACAAAUUACAAACUUUACUUUCAACCUGGGAUUUUCAGGGAAAUUUUACCACACAGGAACUGAAGAGGAAGAUGAGGGGGAUGACCGUCUUUUGGGGUCCGUGGAGGAGUUCUGGUGGUUCCCUCACAUGUGGAGCCACAUGCAGCCCCACCUCUUCCACAACGAGUCGUCUUUGGUGGAGCAGAUGAUUCUUAACAAAAAAUUUGCCUUAGAGCAUGGCAUUCCUACUGACAUGGGCUACGCGGUGGCCCCUCAUCAUUCGGGAGUUUACCCUGUACACGUUCAGCUUUAUGAGGCCUGGAAGAAGGUUUGGAACAUUAGAAUCACCAGCACCGAAGAAUAUCCACAUCUGAAACCAGCUAGAUACCGGAGGGGCUUCAUUCACAAAAACAUCAUGGUUCUUCCAAGGCAAACCUGUGGACUUUUCACUCACACAAUUUUCUAUAAAGAAUACCCUGGAGGUCCCAAAGAACUGGACAAAAGUAUCCAAGGAGGGGAACUGUUCUUCACUAUGGUCCUCAAUCCAAUAAGCAUUUUCAUGACCCACUUGUCCAACUAUGGCAACGACCGUCUGGGAUUAUACACGUUCGUUAACCUGGCCAACUUCGUGCAGAGCUGGACCAAUUUGCGACUUCAGACCCUGCCUCCAAUGCAGCUGGCUCGCAAGUAUUUUGAGCUAUUUCCUGAUCAAAAAGACCCGCUCUGGCAGAAUCCUUGUGAUGACAAACGUCACAGAGACAUUUGGUCUAAAGAAAAAACCUGUGAUCGUUUACCAAAAUUCUUGGUAAUAGGACCCCAAAAAACCGGUACCACUGCUUUGUAUUUGUUCCUGGUUAUGCAUCCUUCCAUCCUUAGUAACUCCCCCAGCCCAAAAACCUUUGAGGAGGUACAGUUCUUUAAUAGAAAUAACUACCACAGGGGGAUUGAUUGGUAUAUGGAUUUCUUUCCAGUUCCAUCUAAUGUCACCACUGAUUUUCUGUUUGAGAAGAGUGCCAAUUACUUCCACUCAGAGGAAGCCCCAAAAAGAGCAGCUUCUCUGGUCCCCAAAGCUAAGAUCAUUACCAUCCUUAUAGACCCAUCAGACCGAGCAUACUCCUGGUACCAGCAUCAGCGAUCACAUGAAGACCCUGCAGCUCUGAAGUUUAGCUUCUAUGAAGUGAUCUCGGCUGGGUCCCGUGCCCCCUCUGAGCUCCGAGUAUUACAGAAGAGAUGUCUGGUCCCAGGGUGGUAUGCCAGCCACAUCGAGAGAUGGCUUGUUUAUUUCCCGCCCGUUCAGUUGCUAAUUAUCGAUGGACAACAGCUAAGAAUUGAUCCUGCUACCGUGAUGGGUGAAGUCCAGAAGUUUCUAGGAGUCUCUCCUCAUUAUAAUUACUCAGAGGCUUUAACAUUUGAUUCUCAUAAAGGUUUCUGGUGCCAGUUACUGGAAGAAGGUAAAACCAAAUGCCUUGGAAAGAGCAAAGGAAGAAAAUACCCCCCAAUGGAUCCUGAUAGCAGGGCAUUUCUGUCCAGCUACUACCGUGAUCACAACGUGGAGCUCUCCAAGCUGCUGCACAGACUGGGACAGCCUCUGCCAUCCUGGCUGAGACAGGAGCUGCAGAAAGUGAGAUAGCGCCAGGCAAAACUUGCCCGAGAAUAAUCCACCUUCCACGGAACACCCACCUGUCCCAAAGCUUCCAGAAGCUGCCAAAAAGUUGUUUUAAAAUAUACCUCUUUGGGAAAAAAAAAAAAAAAAAGAAGAAGAAGAAGAAGAACAAAGUUCCUUCCAUGUGCUGGCAUGUGGAUGUACAGAUAAAAAAAAAAAAAAAGUAUUGAGACCUGUGGCCUUUCUCUUAACCGGUGUCUGAGCCUGUGGCCUUGUUGUGAACUGCUGUGUCCUCGCGUGGAAGCCAACAUCCGCUAAUAGAAACAUCAAGCACGAAUGCAGAACUGAUCCAUUUCAUUGUAGUCGUGACACUUUUCUAUAUCCACUAAGAUUGUGUCUCUGUAGGUUUUUAGACCUCUGUCUGCCUGUACAAUGUUUUUUUAUAUAUAUAUAUUUUUUUGUAAUUUUAUCUUCCCUUUUGUUGCCCUUGUCUUUUGUUGUUGUUGUUGUUGUAGUUAUUGUUGUUGUAGUUGAUGUCGUCGUUGUUGGAUAGGACAGAGAGAAAUGGAGAGAGGAGGGGAAGACAGGGAGGAGGAGAGAAAGAAAGUCGCCUGUGAAGCGACUCCCCUGCAGGUGGGGAGCCGGGGGCUCGAACCAGGAUCCUCAUGCCGGCGCUUAGCGCCACCUGCGCUUAACCCGCGGCGCUACCGCCCGGCUCCCCUGUACAAUGUUUUUCUAUUCUUUGAUUCUAGAAAGUGUCCUACAAAAUAAAAAUAAAUAAAUAAAUAAUCCCAAUGUAGCAUAACAUGCCAAAGGCAUAGUGCCCAUUAAAAAAAAAAAAAAAAAAACUUGCCAAAACAUAAAUACACUGAAGUAUUUAGGAAGCGUAAUGUAUAAUCUGUGCUAGGUCAGAGAGUAAAAAAGUUACAUCUAAGCUUGAUCUGCAUCCAAAAAAAAAAUGUGUUUGAGCAAAAAAAAAAGAAAGAAAGAAAGAAAGAAAAAAAGGGAGGGAAUGGGGCUCAUACAUGUAGUGCAUUUAUGUAGAAAAUAUAUAGGGGGUGGGGCGGCAGCACAGUGAAGGAGAUAAGCACAGCUGGCACAAAGCUCAGUAUAAGGACCCCCACCUGUGGGGGGAGGGGGGGUCACUUCACAGCCGGUGAAGCAGGUCUGCAGGUGUCUGUCUUUCUCUCCCCCUCUCUGUCUUCCCCAACAUCAACGGCAACAGUAAUAAUAACGACAACAAGGGCAACAAAAUGGGGAAAAAUGGCCUCCAGGAGCAGUGGAUUCGUGCUGCAGGCACUGAGCCCCAGCGAUAAACCUGGAGGCAAAAAAAAAAAAAAAGAAAAUUGUAACUCCUUGAUCAUAACUUAACUGCUGUGCUGAAAUAUCUACUCUAAAAGAUGGCAAGUAAAAACACACAUAAAGAGCACUGACCAAAUCUUCUAAAAAGGAGAAACUGUAAGGCCUGAAGUUGUACUGGCGACACCUUAUGUACCCUUCCUGUAAGCUAUCUACUCCAGCAGCCCUCACUACUUCCAAAGAAACUCUUACACGGGAUAGGAGGUCUGUGUCAUCUCCAGAAACAGGCUGGUUUUAAAAGACGAAUGACUUUUCAAAAAAAAAAAAAAAAAAAAAAGGCCCUUGAAAACUGAGGACAGUUUCUCUAGAUGAUGUAUUAGGUUAUUUAAAUUUAAACUAUAGAAACCUGCAUUUUUUUUCCCAGAUAGUUCAAAAUGAAAUGGCAUAAUGUAGAGAUUUAUAACAAAAAGAAUUAAUAUAUGACUUUUAACCUGAUAUUUGUGAUGAUACCUUUAAUACAAGAAAAAAAUCAUAAUAAGUAGGGUUAAGUCCCUCUUUUGGAGACUAUUUCAUAUACAGCUGUCGUGAACAUUGUUAAACAUGUGGAUUACCUGCUAAAUUAAAUGGGAGAAGUAUCGACAUAUGCUAGGAGUCACUCUUAAAAUAUAUCUACACUUAAAGAUUAAUAAAGUAUGCAUAGAAGAAUUCAAACUUUUUUCCUGUGUUUAUAAUUUAUGUAACUUUCAAACGUACACACAAAAUGGUUUAAGUAGCAGAUCAAUUUGCUCUUACAACUACAUAGCUAUUGCACAACAGUACUAAAAUUUUUGAAGUUGUAUAAUCCCAACGUGAAGUAAUAGAGUCUUUCAUCCUCAUUAACUAAAAAAAAAAUUUUUUUUUAAUCUGGCUGAGGGUUAAACACAGCGAGUGUAGACCCAUCUGUUACAUAGUGUUCAGUAUGCCAUGUUUUUAUCUUGAUAGUCAUAUUUCUACUGGUUACAAAAAAAAAAGAGGAACUGAUACAUUAUGUUUGAAUGAUGAGAUGUGAAUUUACAUUUCCAAACAAAGCUGUUAAUGGCCUCACUUUAUAAAAAGUGAAUCAACUCAACAGCUCAGUUUUUUAAAUAAGUACUAAGCAUAUUGAAUGUUAGUAGAGUGAAGGAGGAAAAAGAAGAGAGCCCAGCAGCAUAAAUUUGUUCAGAGAACAGGCAUGAUGCUACCUAGAGCAGCAAACUUUUGAAAGAACUUUUGAUCAGUUCAUUUAUCUGGGAGACACUCCCCCAGCCGAGAGGCUACUCAAACUUUCUGUGUUAGAUUCUUCUGCUGGUAAUUGUGUUGUUCUGAAAGUUAACACACGUGAGAAAUGACUGAGAGAGAACGCAAUUUGAAAUCUUGCUUUGUAUAAAAUGCUUUUUCAUUGCUUAAAAUAUGAAACUUCCUCAGGAAGAAAUGAAAUGGUUAUUUCAAUGUUUAUAGCUAUACUAUUCUGUCAUUCACAUUGAAUGAAAAUUACUGGAAACAUUUUGUUCUCUGAGUUUUUUAAAAUAAAAAAAACCUGGCUAUAAUUCUGAUAGGAGCAUGAUACCUCAUAUGCACAAUAAACUGUGAUAAGGAAAUGAA